CUGGGAUAUGAUGGGUUAGAAGCAAGGAGAAAAUAUAAGGACUUUUUGAUGGAAUUAAAUGUGGGAGGGUGUGCUCAGAAGACCACCCUGCAAGUUUCUGCUUCUGUGGUCACAGCUUCAUGCCGUGGGCGUAAAGAACACACUAGAAACUUAAGUACAAGCAAACUUCAGACCGUUUUAAAGUGAGACCACGAACCCACCAAAAGAAAGAAACUCUGAGCACAUCCGAACGUCAGAAGGAACAAACUCUGGACACGCCACUUUUAGGAACUGUAACACUCACCGCGAGGGUCUGCGGCUUCAUUCUUGAAGUCAGUGAGACCAAGAACCCGCCAAUUCCAAACACAAUUGCUUAUAUGUUACUACAAGUUCAUAGACCUUCCCAUCACAGAAGUGACCACCUCCCCAACAUAUUCAUACAGAGAAAGGAGAUAUCUGCAUUGUAACCAGUCUAGGGACGCUUCGGCCGAGGAUACCGCAAUGGAUCAGGAAGAGGGGCUGAAGGCCUUGGACAAUAUUGUCACUCAAUUCAACACCUAUGAAGAUUUCCUGGACUCGCAGAUCACUACUGUGGACUUGUACUACCUGGAGGAUGAAACCCUGGCCCGCCAGUUGGUGGAGCUAGGCUACCGAGGGACUGGAGAGAGAGUGAAAAGGGAAGAUUUUGAAGCAAGGAAAGCAGCUAUAGAGAUUGCAAGACUGGCUGAAAGAGCUCAGCAAAAGACCCUAACAAGUGCUGGUAAAGACCUACAAGAUAAUUUUCUGAUGGCCCUGGCAACGAGAGAAGAAGACAAUCGCAGUGGAAAACUGAGUUCCGUGAUCUUUAUUCGUGACAGAAAUUCUCAUGGGCAAGAGAUAUCAGGAUACAUCGACUAUGCCCACAGGCUAAAGACGGAAGAUUUUGAAGUCUACUUUACCGGAAAAAAAAGACUUCUUCCAAGGCCUACAGAUAUAAGCUUUUACAACUGGGACGCUGAUAUUGCUGUUUGUAAUUCAAGUCCCAACUAUCAAGUGAUUGCCGAUAAUCCAGAAGGCUUACUUUUCAGAUACAAAAGAGACAGAAAAAUUCUUAAUGUGGACCCAAAGGCGCAGCCAGGUGACAACUCUACUAGAAUCCCUAUCCCGACAGAACUCUACAUACAAGCUGUCAUUUUUGACCACAUUUCCAGAAGGAAGACUUAAGUACCAACAUGUUAAUUUCCUAAUAAUUUGCUAAAUGUAAAUAAAUUCCGUAGACAGAGCAAAUUAGAAUAAUAAAUGAGCCCUGCAGCUGGAAGGCAAAUUAGAACAAUAAAGUUAAUAAAGAAGUUAG